AUGCGUGUACUCUGGUUGACGACGUUAUUGAGUUCCUCGGUACUGGUUGCUGGACAGGAGCUUACAACUACUCACACACACAAAAACAUAUCGUCGUCUAAUACGAAGGGGAAGAAUGAUGAAGCAUACUCACCACCGUACUAUCCCUCGCCCUGGAGUGACGGCAAAGGCGAAUGGGCGGAAGCAUAUGAAAGGGCGAGAGAUUUCGUGGGCAAGCUUACUCUUGCUGAGAAGGUGAAUCUGACGACUGGUACUGGGUGGAUGCAAGGCUCCUGUGUUGGCGAAACGGGCUCAAUCCCACGCCUAGGAUUCCGAGGCCUCUGUCUUCAAGAUGGACCUAUGGGCAUACGCUUCAGUGACUACAACUCCGCCUUCCCAGCCGGCGUCAACAUAGCCGCAACCUGGGACCGCUCCCUCGCGUACCUGCGCGGCCGCGCAAUGGGCAAAGAAUUCAAUUCCAAGGGUGUCGACAUCCAACUCGGCCCCGUCUCCGGCCCUUUAGGCAGAACACCCGAAGGAGGCCGAAACUGGGAAGGAUUCAGUCCCGAUCCGAUGAAUACUGGUGUAAUGAUGGCGGAAACAAUAAAGGGGAUACAAGAUGCGGGCGUGAUUGCGUGCGCAAAACAUUAUAUUCUGAAUGAGCAGGAGCAUUUUCGGCUGGUAGGGGAGGCGAAUGGGUAUGGGUAUAAUAUUACUGCGAGUGCGAGUAGUAAUGUUGAUGAUAGGACGAUGCAUGAGUUGUAUCUAUGGCCAUUUGCAGACGCUGUCCGCGCCGGGGUUGGGUCAAUCAUGUGCUCCUACAACCAAGUCAACAACAGCUAUGGCUGUGCCAACAGUUACACCUUAAACAAGCUCCUCAAACGUGAACUCGAUUUCCAGGGCUUCGUCAUGAGCGACUGGGGUGCACACACAUCCGGCGUAAGCAGUACGCUGGCCGGCCUCGACAUGUCCAUGCCCGGUGACACCUUUUUCGACUCUGGCGAUUCAUACUGGGGCACUAAUUUGACCAUCUCGGUCGUCAACGGGACUGUACCGACGUAUCGAAUCGAUGAUAUGGCGGUUCGCAUCAUGGCUGCAUAUUACAAAGUCGGCAGAGACAAAUUCCAGGUUCCUAUCAAUUUCAAUUCGUGGACUCGUAAUAAGUACGGUCCGAUAUAUGCAAUGGCGGGGCCAGAGUAUGGUGUUGGCAAAAUCAAUGAGCGAGUCAAUGUACGCGGCAACCACGCCUCCCUGAUUCGCAAGAUUGGUGCGGAGAGUACAGUGCUCCUCAAGAAUACAAACCGCGCUCUUCCACUGAGCGGCAAAGAGAAAUUCACGGCGAUAUUCGGCUCGGAUGCCCGCGCUGAUCCGGUAGGUAUCAAUGGUUGCGCGGAUCAUGGCUGCGACAAUGGCAACCUCGCCACGGGCUGGGGAAGUGGUACAGCCAAUUUUCCCUACAUUGUGACUCCAGAAGAGGCCAUCAAGCAAGAAAUUCUGGGCAAAGGCGUUGGCAUGGUCGCUUCCGUGACAGACGACUGGGCAUACGACAAAAUCCAGGCCCUCGCUUCCCAGGCCGACGUAUCCCUUGUAUUUGUCAACUCCGAUUCAGGCGAAGAAUUCGUCGUCGUCGACGGAAACAAAGGUGAUCGCAACAAUCUCACACUCUGGCGAGAUGGGAACACACUCAUCAAAACCGUCGCUUCUCAAAACCCUAAUACUGUGAUAGUCAUCCACAGCGGCGGCCCCGUUCUUGUAGGUGAUUGGCACGACAACCCCAAUGUGACUGCAAUCCUGUGGGCAGGUAUGCCCGGCCAGGAAAGCGGAAAUUCCAUCACAGACGUCCUGUACGGCAACGUAAACCCCGGCGGCAAGAGUCCCUUUACAUGGGCAAUGGCACGUGAAGAUUAUACCACAGACAUCUUGUAUAAACCGAACAACGGGGUGAAGGCGCCACAGAUCGAUUUCACGGAAGGUCUAUUUAUCGAUUAUCGUGGCUUUGACAGAGCGGGUGUUGCCCCUGCCUAUGAAUUCGGGUUUGGUUUGAGUUAUACCACGUUCGCAUAUUCCAACAUCAGGAUUAGACCACUUCGAAACGCAGCCCCCUACACGUCCACCACUGGACUCACGGAACCUGCCCCAUCAGGCUCGAACUUCAGCAGACAUUGGUCCAAUUACCUUUUCCCCCAUUCGAUUCGCAAGAUCCCUUUGUUUCUUUAUCCGUGGCUAAACACGACGGAUCCAGCCAGGUCGUCUGGUGAUCGACACUAUGGUCUGGAGAUCCAUGAAUAUCUACCAAACAACGCGACAUCCGCCGCUCCACAGCCUCUGCUCGCAGCCGGGGGCGCGCCGGGCGGCAAUCCGGGACUAUAUGAAGAGGUUGCGGUUGUGACUGCUAAUAUCAUGAAUACGGGAUCUGUGGUGGGGGAUGAAGUGCCUCAACUUUAUAUAUCCCACGGAGGCCCCGACGAUCCUCCCGUCGUCCUUCGAGGCUUUGAUCGUAUCACCUUGCAACCCAAUGAGACGAAAGAGUUCAGUGUCGUGCUGAUGCGACGCGACAUAUCGAGUUGGGAUGUUGUUUCUCAGGAUUGGGUCGUGACGGAGUAUCCCAAGACGGUGUAUAUUGGGAGUUCGUCGCGGAAGUUGUGGUUGCAGGCGGCAUUGCCUUAUCUGUAUUAA